UUUCAACGAUCGUUUCGUAAAAAUAUCCGAAUUAUAGUAUUCGUGUAGCAAUUACACAGCUGUUUACAUAUAAAAGCGAUGCAAAUAUAACAUACGUGCAUACUUAUUUCUAUACGCGCGUACAUUUUCCAUCGAUCCUUGUAAAUAGUAUUAAAUUUUUGUAAGCUCGUAUUCCAAACUAAAUUUAACACUAGAUUAACGUGCAGAACCAACGUGUAACGAUAAAAAAAUCCCACUUUAUUGUGACAUUUCAGUGUAUUUGAAAAGUUGAAUUAACUAGCUCGUCUUCAGCGUGUUUGUCGGUGGUUGCAUUUCAUACUUUUAUAAGAAAAUACUGUCCUCGAUCGGAAUUUUACGUAAUUCCGAGAGUAAACGUAAUUUUACUAGCUUAAAAAAGUAACGUACAACGUGACGAUUGUCAACCCGAGUUAGCUGUCAAAUAAAUUUCACAAAGGACAAUAGCAAAGAAGAUGUCAAGCGCGGAAUCUUUAGCAGAAGUAACAGAUGUAGUUCAAAUUCUUCGACAAUGGGAAGAGGAACAUUCGUCGCCUUCAUACGAUCCAAUUCCAACACUUCAAAGACUGGCAGAGAUUAUAGAACUGGAAACAGAAAAUUAUUUAAAAAUGGAUCCGGAUCCGUUUGAUGAAAGACAUCCAUCACGCACAGAUCCCGAGUGUAAUUUUGGACAUAUAUUAAAAGUUCUGUUUAGAAAGGAUAAUUUUAUGACCAAGCUUAUAAAUGAUUAUUUGAGAGACACUUAUUGGUCUCGAGCGGGUAUCACAGGCCGCGACGUUAGAAAACUCAAUAUCGCAGCCUGUCGUCUAAUGCUCGAUAUACUUCCCGGUUUAGAAACUUCUGCAGUAUUUCAGCCAGAUAUGGAAGGACUUAUUCAUCGUUUAUUUUCUUGGGCAGAGAAAAGCGUCGAACCCUUACAAAGUUAUGCGACUGGACUCGUAGCUGCUGCAAUGGAAGUUCAAGAAAUUGCGACAGGAUUUAGAGAACAGAAUGGAAAAAUGGUGCCUCUGAUGCUACAGAGGCUUCAUAAACUACAAGAGAAAGCACAGGAAGAUAGACAACUUGCAGUUAACAAUAGACCGUUUGCACAUUUUGGUCAAGAUAAAAAUAGCGGAGGAGAUGGAGAAAAUAAAGGUGUUCCUGGAAAAAGAAAAGUGCGAGAGAAACGAAAAGAAAAUGGUGUCCUUAAAAGCCCUAACCAUAGCAACUAUUACUCAGAAGACGAAGAAGACUGUCUUCAAUCCUCUGAGGAUUCUGCUCCAUUACCCAAGAAAAAGAAAAAUAACACAGAAUGUGAAACUCCUGUAAAGAACGAUGUUAUUUAUCCAGAAAUAAUGUCUCCACCCUUGUCUGUGCCAAAAAAUUUUAAUUCCAAUAAUCAAGUGACACCAUCCAAGACUCAAAGCACCCAUGGCAGACCUCUAAAUGUUUCUUCGGCACGAUGCAAUUUGCAGAAAAACUCUGCGUCCUCGUUGCAGAGUUCUAGUACUCCAUCUCCGUUAUUAGAAGGAAAUUCAAAUUCAUCGUGGGCAGAGAUGGAGUCAUACGUUAUUGGAAAUGUGCAAAUACAUCCUCCAACAUUGGCUACAAGACAAAUGCUGAUAUUGAGGUAUCUUACACCGAUGGGUGAAUAUCAAGAAUUUUUAGGUCAUGUUUUUGAACAAAAUGCUCUGGAACUAAUUCUCAAGUACAUUAACGUUAGAGAAACCAAGGACAGUCGUUUAGCUUUCGAAGCUUUGAAAUACUUAGCGUCUCUGCUCUGCCAUAAGAAAUUCUCCAUUGAAUUCCUCAAUGUCGGAGGUUUGCAGAAAUUGUUAGAUGUUCCAAGGCCCAGUGUCGCGGCUACUGGUGUUUCUAUUUGUUUAUACUACCUAGCAUACUGUGAGGAUGCAAUGGAAAGAGUGUGUCUACUACCGAAACAUGUUAUUUCGGAUCUCGUUACUUAUGCAUUAUGGCUUUUGGAACGAAGCCACGAUUCUGGAAGAUGCCAUGCAACGAUGUUCUUUGGAUUCUCCUUUCCAUUUAAGGUGAUACUAGAGGAAUUCGAUGCGCAAGAUGGACUACGAAAGCUAUUCAAUGUGAUAUCCACCUUACCGAUCUUAAACAUAGAAGAGGAGCCAGCGUUAAAUGACGAUGAAGAGUGUGCUUCUAGACAAAUAGUUAGACAUGUUGCGGUUGCUUUGAAGCGAUACAUGGAAGCUCAUUUACAUCUGAAAGCAGAGCAAUUACAAAGAGCAGAAAAUGUUAGAGCAGAACGCGACACGGUGCAACCAUCAUUACCCCCUUAUAAAGCUUGCAAACUAAGCAGCGAAGAAGUACAAGCAAAGGUGGAAAUUCUUCAAGAACUGAUGUCUGUUAGAGCAGUAUGGCCGCCAGUAGAAGAAUUACAUCGCCUUGGGGGCAUAACGUUACUCCUCCAGAUCAUUGCCUUUGCCAGAGAAUGGAAUUACAGUGGUCGCGUUCACACAACUUCUAGCGCGGAAACGGUCCGUUCCUGUCUUGAUGUAAUAGCCAUUUGUUCUGUUGUGCCAAAAGUGAUGUUGUUACUUUGCGAAAGAGUAGAUAUGCCGGAUAUGUCGAUGACAAUGGCGAUUAAUUUACUUUUAGCUGCGGCAGAAUGUGAAAUCAUCGCAGACGCUGAUGUACAGAGAGCUGCGUUGCGAGCUAUUAUUAAUUGCGUUUGCGCUCCAAUAAACAGGAUUGGCGGGAAUGUAGCGCGAUAUUCGGUAACAGGAUCCGAUAAAAAGAAAGCAAAUAUUAAUAAUAGCGAAGAGUUAAUACAAAAAAUUUGGGAGAGUGUAAGAUCAAAUAACGGUAUAAUGGUUUUAUUACAAUUAAUGAUGGUUAAAACUCCGAUCACUGAUGCCGACAGUAUAAGAGCAUUGGCCUGUCGUGCAUUGACAGGUUUGACACGCAGCGAAAAAGUCAGACAAAUAAUUAGCAAACUUCCAAUGUUUACCGAUGGACAAAUUCAAGCUCUAAUGAAAGAUCCGAUACUUCAGGAAAAGAGACAGGAACAUAUUACAUUUCAAAAGUACGCUUUAGAGUUGAUGGAAAGAGUUUCUGGAAAAGCAAAGCCUACUGGAGCGGAAUAUGAAAUUUCUUUGGUUAGCCUACAUAAGGCGAAUGUAGUUGCACAGACUAGAAUACAAUACAACGAACAGCAGUUAAAUCAAUUAAUAUACCAACACUUGAUGUCGAAAGGCUUAACCGAAACUGCAGCAACCCUUCAUAGAGAAGGAAGUCUAGAGACUUCUGCAAUAAUGAAACCAGUGUGUACAUAUCAACCGUUCAUCUAUCGCAGCCCUGGAACAGUCGGAACAAGAAAUGGAUUUUCUCCUGGAGCACCAGUUAAUUUAUACAAUACAAGAUGUAAUCAGAGAGAAGUAUCGUCUAGGAGCAACACCACUCCUACUUCGUCAUCUAGAUAUAUAUCUCAUACGAAUUCUGGUUCAAGUUCGUCAUCUCUAUCUUGCGGAAGUAAUAUACGUCUGAAACUUUCUGACUGUCUUAAUCAAAAUGUUAUCUCAAAUAGCACAAAUCAACCAAUUAAACUACAAAUUAACCAAAAAAAAAAUCAAGUCGACAAGCAGCCUCUAGUCAAUUCUAUAAAUUGCCUGUCAACUAUGCAGCCAACUACGUGUAGAUCAUUACAAAAACAAAUUUCGAGAGAUCCUGGAGGUGGCGGGGGACCUGGCGUCACUACGUCCAGCCCAUCUAUAACAUUGGAUUCUAUUAUUACGGAAUAUUUAACUAAUCAACACGCAUUGUGUAAAAAUCCUAUGGUUACUUGUCCACAAUUUAAUCUCUUCGAACCACAUAAAUGUCCAGAUCCUCGUACGAAAAAUUCGACGCCAACAAAUGUAACUGUAAGACUGUCCAGAAGAGCAUUAGGAGUGGACGGUAGAAGAUUGGAUAGAAGACACAUUUAUAGUCGAUUUUGUCCUGUAAAAACUUUCCGGCCUACAGACGUUGGAACCUUCACCUGUUGUAUUUUUUCGCCUUGUCAGCAAUAUCUAAUGCUGGGUACCUACGCAGGCGACGUAAAAAUGUUUAAUGCCCACACGGGAAUGGAGGAAGCAACGUAUCCAUGCCACGAGUCCUAUGUCUAUCACAUGGAAUGUAACCAACGUGGAAAUUUAUUAUUAACUUCCACCGCAUGGAGAAGUCCCAUGUCUGCGCUCUGGAGUAUAGGAACAUUUUUCGAUAUGAAAUUAUCUUUAGAGAACGAGGAUUAUAUCGAAUUUGGAAAACUUCAAGAUAAAAUUAUUGGAACCCAAGCUGAAAGUGCUACAAUUUACGACAUAGCUACAGGAAAAUUGUUAACAACUCUUUCCCCUUCAAUUUCUAAUCAGUACACCAAAAACCGUGCUACUUCUAGCAUGAAUGAUGAACUAGUUCUAAGCGAUGGUAUCCUUUGGGACGUAAAUUCGGGGAAAGAGAUUCACAAGUUCGAUAAGUUAAACCAAACGCUUAACGGAGUUUUCCAUCCGAAUGGUACAGAAGUAGUGUCGAAUACAGAAGUUUGGGAUUUAAGAACCUUCCAUUUACUGAAAACUGUGCCAACGCUUGAUCAAAUGGAAGUAAUUUUCUCUCCUGUUAAUAAUAUUAUAUAUGCUGUGUCUUUGGAUCAAGAAAAUGGAGACGAAUCACAUUAUGUUACCUCGUUUAAGACAUUAGAUGCUUUGGAUUAUAGUAAUAUUGCAACUUGCGAUGUCAAGAGAGGAAUUUAUGGGCUGGCUUGUAAUAAAUUCGACACACAAAUUGCAAUUGUCGAGAAUCAGGGUGAAUUCGAUAGUGUUCAAGAAUCAUGCGUUAGGCUAUACGAUGUUGGUAGAAGAAGAGACGAUGAGGAUGAAGCUGAUGAAGAUGACGAUGAAGAAGACCUUGAUGCAAGCGAUGAUGAUGGUUCGAAUUCUGGUUCUGAUGAUAAUAAUGCCGAUGAUGCAGAUAAUCCAGAUGCAGUAGCUGAAGAGAACGGCGAUGAAAAUGAACGAAAUGAUCGUGAGAACAACGACGACGACGACGAUGAUGACGAUGAGAAUGCAGUCGAUGGUGACGACUCUGGAGACGAUAUGACAGAUUAUAGUCCGUCUUCAGAAUUUCCUGAUUACUCUUUGUCCGAUGUCGAUGAUAUUGAAAUUUAUUUUCCAUAACUGUCCUUCAAGUUGGAAGUAACACAUCACAAAUUUUUAUUUUAAACAGUUCCAAUGCAUUCUACAAAAAGUGGCUUUAUUUCAUAUUCGGCCAAUCAUGAGGCUGAAGGAUGUUUUACCAUAAUAUGUUCAAUUAUGACUUAUUAAUCAUUAAUUGGCAAAAUAGAUAUACAUAUAUAUAUAUUUAAAAAAAUGGGAAAAAUAUCGUGCAACAAUCAAUUAGUGGAAAGUGUCGUAAUUCUCACUGUUUAGCUUAUAUACUUAAUAUUAAAACGAUGAAAUUGAUUAAAAAAUUAGUAAAUUACAUCUUAAUUAAAUUUUCAUUUCAAUUUUAAUUCAAAUUUAACGGCAAAAAUUUUUGUUUCGUUUGUACCAAUCGUAAUAUUUAAUAACCUUCAGUCAAACAAACAAAAAUAAAUUAUCAAGAUUGGCCAAUGGAAUAAUUCUAAAAUCGAUUUACUCAGCAAUCAUUAAAAUAUUAAAUAGUAAAAACAGGUUUGUCGCUGAUGUAAUUUUGAAUUUUGAUCAAAUGUCUUGUUGAUCAAUUCAAAUGUAUAUAUUAUUAUUUAAGAUAUUCGUUGUUCAAUGAACAUGUAUCGUAUAUUUACUAAAAAAAAAAUUGGUUAUUAAUAAGAGAUUCUCUUCCUCUUCAAGAUAAUCGCGAAAAUUUGUAUUGAUCGAUAGAUCGUGUUGAAAGAUCCUCAAAACCAAAUUUUCGAUUAUUUUGAGACCUAAAUUAAAGCAGUAAAUUUUCAAAAUUUUUUGAACGUAUACUUAAGCAUAUGAAAUAAAAGUAUGUAAGAGAAAAAUGAAUGUGUUCGUGUACGUGCGUGAAAGAAAGAGAGAUUGUAAAAAGUUGAUUUAAUCCUGUCGUUUGUUAUCAUUAAAGAUUCGUGAAUUUGUA